AUGAAUUCUGAAAUAUAUCUAGUUAAGUAAAAUCAACUAUUCUGGCAUUCUAAACUUUUAUCCACUAAUCCUGUAACAUUACAAAUUCGUUCUGGAAUUCUUAAUACUAAUUGGGAAAAACCUGAUAAUCUAUAAAUUGAACUCAAAAAAUAUAAUACACUUUAAGAAGGAAUCUUAGAUAUAGGUGAAAUGCUUAAACUAAAACUUAGACAAGGAUAUCAUGAAAUUAAACCUUCAGAAAUUGUCAAAACUUAUGAAUAAAUUAGUUUUCCUGAAGCUGAAUAUAAAUAUGAAUUAGAUUUGAAAUACAAACAAUUUCAAUAAUAAAAAGGUGAAAUUGAUGAUAAAUAACUUACUAAAAAAGAAUAAAUUGUAUAAAAAAUUGAAAGAAAAUAAAAAUUAAGAUAACCAGGAUUAGGAUUACCAGAUAAAUCAUGUUCUGAACUUUUAGAUGAUGCUACUUAAGGUAGAUUAAUCUCAGUAUGGCCAAAAUAUAAAAUGAGACCCAAUCUUGGAGAAAAUUUAGGACUUGGUCCUACUUUUUCAAAAAGUCAAAGAAUAUCAUGUUUAUUAGCUUCUAAUUGGGCUGUAUCAAUAGAUCCAAAAGGCUAUUAUAUGAGUGAAAAAUUAGAUGGAAUGAGAAUGAUUUGGACAGGAAUGGAGAUGUUUACUAGAAAUGGAUAUUCAUUAAAGUUUCCAUCCUAUUUUAUAGAAGGUUGGCCAACAACUUAUUUAGAUGGAGAAUUAUGGAUAAAUAGAGGAACAUUUAACAAAGUCUUAACAUCAGUUAGAAAAAGAACAGCAGAUCCAAAUGCUUGGAAGAUAAUCAAAUAUAUGGUAUUUGAUGCUCCAUUUCUUUAAGAACCAUUUAGUGAUAGAUAUGCAAAAUUAAAGAAAGCUAUUGAAAAAAUAAAAAAUCCUCAUCUUGUUUAUGUUCCUCAUAAAAUUUGUAAAGGGUAAGAACAUUUAGCAGAAGAACUUGCAGAAGUUUAGAAUAAUGGUGGUGAAGGUUUAAUGUUAAGAGAUCCUGAUUCUUUAUAUGAUGGAACUAGAUCAAAAAGUUUAUUAAAAGUUAAAUCAUCUUUGGAUGCAGAGGCUGUAAUCAUAGAUUAUAUAGAGGACACUCAUAUGAAGAAAGAUGAUGUUUUAGGAGGGUUUUUAGUUCGUAAUGAAGAAGGAUUAGAAUUUGAAGUAGGUUUGGGAUUGAAGAUUGGGAUUAAAAAACAAAGACCUCCAAUAGGUACAAAAAUAACAUAUAAAUAUUGUGGAUUAGCAGAAAAUGGUUAUCCUAAAUUUCCAGAAUUUGUAAGAUAAUAUCCAUAAGAUAUUUGA